GGGAGUGUGUUUGCCCUUGACUAUGUGUUUGUGAGAGAAGCAGGCACAGGCCGGGAAACUGCAAUAUGGCGCAGCCGGAGAUUGAGGGCUUUACUCCUAGUACGUACACCAGUGAGGGCUUCAAGGGCAAAUUCAUUAGGAAAGUGAAGGAGAACCCGUUUGUUCCUAUUGGGUGCCUUGCCACAGCCGGAGCUUUAACCUAUGGCCUCAUAUCUUUCAAGCAAGGAAAAACCCGUCAGUCUCAGCUUCUGAUGCGCACCCGUAUCCUUGCCCAAGGAUUUACAGUUGCUGCCAUCAUGGUUGGUGUGGUUAUGACUGCCUUGAAGCCUAGUGAAACCCCUAAGUGAGAGAGAGCGUAUCGAGUACCUACUGGAGUAACGCAAUGUCUGCAUCAAAGCGAUUCUUACAUUGCGACAUAGUCUGUACAGUGGUUCCACUUAUUUGACACUAUAAAAAGUGCAUUUUUAUGUUAAGAAUUAAAACUGCCAUAUAAACUAUUAAACAACAAUCUAUACACUGAA